AAUUUUAGUGCCCACUUUUCAUGUAUGCCAUGGAACAAACAGGAAACUUCACACCAUCCAGAAACAUAUGUGAUCAGUAAGGACCGUGUUUCUUUUCCACAUGAAGUUGCUCCUUGUUUUAAUAACAAAAUGUCACAUUCUGUCUUGUGUUGUCUGUUGGAAAGAAGAGGAGAGGGCAUUCCCUUGACAGCUAGUAGUCAUUUUUUGGACAGUGUUUAUUUAAAGGCUCCAGCUGAGAAUGAGGUGAAAGACAUGAUGGAUUCUUUGGAGGGGUGUGAAAGACAUGAAGAAGGUCAGGGGAAAGAAUUAUCUCAAGGUUUUGAACUAAAGGAGAGUAGAAGUACCUUAGUAUUUUCAGAGGUGUAUCCCAGAUCUUCAGAAAUACAGUCUGUUGAGAGUGUUGUAGUUCCUGAUAAUUCUAUACAAGUUUCAGAAAUACAUAUACACUGUAGGGGACCAGAUACCUCUAAGAUGGAGGUGUCUGGUGGUCCUCUUCAGACUCUUAAAUCCAACUUGGAUGAGACAUCAGAACAACUUUAUUUUCAAGGGGAAAGAGACCGAAAGGCAACUUCUGCUUUUAGUGGAAAAAAUGUUGAUGCUUCUGAAAAUGUAGCCUUUGAGGCAGUUAUUGCCUCUAUUGAGCCUUCCAAGAAAGAGAGUCCAGUAAAUGAAAUCCAAACUGACAUCAAUAAGUCUUUAAUAAAUAAUAGCCAAGAAAGUGAAUCAAAAAAUCCAUAUCUUUCCCUAUUAAAUUAUAAUGAUGAAAGCUCUUUCUCUGAUAAGCUUAGUCAUCCAUGUUAUGAGUCCACUCCUAGGGUGUUUGAAUUAGCAGUUUCAAAACCAUUGUUGCUUAAAAAAGAUAAUGGUGAUAGUUCCCUCUAUUGGCAUCCUAAUUUAAAGUCACUCCCCAGUGCUCCUCAGGAAAUGUUUAUUAAGCCACUUUCUCUUAUUCCAGAGUGGAAGUCAUCUGCUUCUUUGUGUGAAAAAUCUCACAGCCAGGCUGUUGGUCUUGGCACAGCACAGUCAGCUUUAUUUCAGUGUGAUAGAGGCAAUGAACCAUUUCUUCCCACUGGGAAGAUAGAGUCUGUUCCUGUUCUUGACCUUACAGGGAAGGUAGGAUCUUCAAACAUUUUUUAUCCGUUGAAAGUAUGGACUUCAGAUUCGUUGGUUUUACAAGAUUUAAAGCAGCAAACCUUGGAAGAAGUUGCAGAUUCCUCAAACUAUAUUUUGGGUAAGAAUAUAAACUCUAGUAACAUCAUUGAAAGUCCAUCUGCAGGAUGGACUGUAGGAAGCAGCUUUUCAGCAAACUUGGUGACAUGUGAUGCAAAGUCACAAGGUACUUUACCAGUGACCAGUAACGCAUCAUCAGUUGCAGUUGGCCAAGAGACGUUGCUGAAAGCUGAUGUAGGCCAAGAUAAAAUUCCUCGGCCUAUGGGAGCCAAGUCCAGUUUCAUUAUACAUACAAUUAUGCAAAAUGACUCCUGUUUUAUAGAGGGGCUGCAGGUGAAGGCUGAAUCUGACGUCUGUACUCUGGAUGAUGAUACUGAAUCCUGUAGCCUAGAUGAAAAUGCUGUUGUACGCAGUACAAGAGUUGCUGAUCUACAAAGAGAGGUAUGUGACCAAGGUGACCUGACUGGAGAGUACGUUGAGCUAGCAGGUUUAAAAAAUGUGCUUGAUGAUCUAGAGGUUUGUGACAGAUUUCUGCACUGGCAAUCUGCCUUACAACUGUCAUCUAAGAAAGAGAGUGAUUUUCAGGAGCUUGUAGAUCAUUCCAAUACGGACAUUAAUCAGUCUUUUUCAUCUGUAUUGCCUCCAUUUGUUCCUCAUGAGCUAACCAGAGAGUUGGAGUAUCACUAUUCAGAUCUCAGAAUGUUGAGGGUAUCUCCCGACACUGUGCAAAAGACUCUCAAACAUUUAGCAGGUAUGUAGAAGAGGAGAUAUUGGGUGUUCUUAUGGCUAGCUUGUUAAAAAUAUCAUGCUAUGGCUAAUUUUUUAAUUUUGAGCUCCUGCAAUAAUGUUAACUUUGAAAUAAGUGUAUUUAAAUCCCCAGAUCUUUUAUUGGAUGAACCAUUUGAUUUUUCAUUGCAUUCUUUAUGACAGUGUUUAGAACUGAAUUACAUGGAGGAGUCUGAUAUUAGAGUCAGUUUAUUUCUGUAUUCCUUUUUGUGACUUGAAGGGAAAAAAGAAACUAAUUGAGCACAAGAGAAGAGUGGAUCCAAAUAAGUUUGUAGAGAGGAAACUGAGAAAUCACUUUUGAGGUAGAAAGCAAGAUUAUCUGCUGAGGGAAGCAGGAAGUGGUAAAGAAGGGUUGGAGGUUUGAGGUGAGUGGCUUGGUGCAGGUUCAGAAUUUACGUUAAAGUGAAUAGGGGUUGGAGCUGACCAAGGGCAAGCAGAAGAAUUGGCAGAUAGUUCUGAGAAGUCAGCUGAGGUGGGAGAUGAUUUUGUAAAGUUGUCAGCCUUAAUAGAAUCUCUGAUCUUUGUCUGCUAAAGGACUACAGAAGGUGAGUUAUAGGAUUGAUCUCUGGUUGAGGGAUUUAUUGAUUGGGUGGAUGUGAUAGAUGGAAAGCAGUGGAAGGGAAUCAGUAAGAGUUGAUCACCUUGGUUUCAGCCUGCUUGGAGAGAGAGAGAAGAAAAACCACAAGAGUUAUUGGAGAAAGUAGAAGGUACAGUGAUUUAUUUAUGAAGUUGAAUAGAUGAGGUGGAUAUAUUUAUGGAAAGAGCUAGAAUAAUAGGUAAUUUUGGUCAGAUUGAGGUGGUACAUUUAUUUAUUUAUUUAUUUAUUUAUUUUUAUUUAUCUAUUUAUUUACUUUUUAAUUUACAUCCAAGUUAGCAUAUAGUCCAACAAUGAUUUCAGGAGUAGAUUCCUUAAUGCCCUUUACCCAUUUAGCCCACCCCCCUCCCACAACCCAUCCAGUAAUCCUCUGUUUGUUCUCCAUGUUUAAGAGUCUCUUAUGUUUUGUCACCCCCUGCCUGUUAUUAUGUUAUUUUUGCUUCCCUUCCCUUAUGUUCAUCUGUUUUGUCUCUUAAAGUCCUCAUAUGAGUGAAGUCAUAUGAUAUUUGUCUUUCUCUAAUUUCGCUCAGCAUAAUACCCUCUAGUUCCAUCCAUGUAGUUGCAAAUGGCAAGAUUUCAUUCUUUUUGAUUGCCAAGUAAUACUCCAUUGUGUGUGUGUGUGUGUGUGUGUGUGUGUGUGUGUGUGUGCGUGUGUACAUAUACCACAUUUUCUUUAUCCAUUCAUCCAUCGAUGGACAUUUG